UUGAUUAGAUUUGACUAAGAUCUGGCUGCUAGGUUGUUGAAUUUGCUCCUUUUGAUUUAGGUGUGGUUAACAAGUUCUCAAUUGCUUGGUAGUAUUAAAAGCCUGUUAGUUGAUUGAGAAUAUAUGUCCUGUUUCAGCUACUAGGAGAAUUUUCUUGUGUUUGUGUAUUUUUUGAGUAGUUUGUGGGUUGUUGGUGUGGUGUAGGAUACCCCUUAUCUGCUUUAUAUUUUGAGUUUUUAUUUGGUUCUAAUUGCUUCAUCAAGCUCUGGUCCUUCUACUUAUCCUGUAUGAUUAUUAGAAUAGUAAAUGUUUGGAUUCACCCAAUUGAAUGUAUUAUUCCCUGCCCAUUUCCACACCUUUUUUUUUUGGCAUUUGCGUUGCAUUUUUUUCCUAACAUUUUUGAAGCAGCCUUUUACAUUUCCAACAAUUAGAUGACACACAUUAAAAAUAGUUUUCAGACAUUAUUCUGUUGUAGUUCCAGGGACAAUCAUCUAUCUUUCAAACAUUGUUGUGGGGAGUUUAUGGAUUCUAAUGGUUCUGUAACUCUGUGAUCUAUUACGGCAGUCAGUGGUUGUGUUGAUUUUGUUUUCCAAUGUUUUACUUUUUUCCUUGUUUUACUUUAGAGGUUGUUAAAAGGACUUUUAUCUGAUGAUUUCGGUUAGAUUUAUUAACUCUUUUGUUUUCAUUCUACCAGGUUGUGUUUGGCUUUGUUUUCAAGAAAUUAAUUUCACUUAGGACAUGGAGCAAGUGCACCUCUGGUCAAGUUGCGACAAAUAUCGCGGUUUCUCCUUCCAAGAAGUUCUUGAUUGGCGGUUUUUCUUUCUUGGGGACUUUCUUCUUGUUUCUUUUGUCAAUUGCACUUAGUGAACAGCUUCUCAUGAGGGAUCAAUACAACCAGCCUGAUGCUAUGCUUUGUCGAUACAGCAUCCAUUUGAGAUCCUUCUUGUUGCUUACGAGGGCUGAAAAUCUAAGCAAUGCAGUUAUAAUGAACGCUUCUGCUAUGUUAUUUACCAUCAAUAAGGCUGCGGAGGCUGUCCAUCAUAAUCAUACUGGUUUUGCCGUCUGGUGCAAACAUAAUAUUAAGUCCACUUCUAUAGUAUUCCCUGAAAUAAGUUGGGUGGAACCUGCUUUUGGAUUCGGAAAAAUGGAAAGGUAUAAGAUAAUCAAGGAAGUUGGAAAUGGUACUUUUGGGAGUGUGUGGCGAGCACUGAACAAGCAGACUGGCGAAGUGGUUGCAAUUAAGAAGAUGAAGAAAAAAUACUACUCAUGGGAAGAGUGCAUAAAUCUUAGAGAAGUAAAAUCCCUGAGGAAGAUGAAUCAUCCUAAUAUUGUGAAGCUUAAAGAAGUGAUCAGAGAACAUGACAUUCUUUACUUUGUGUUUGAGUACAUGGAAUGUAAUCUGUACCAGCUCAUGAAAGACAGGCCAAAGCUUUUCUCAGAAGCUGAGUUGAAAAAUUGGUGCUUUCAAGUUUUCCAAGGCCUUGCAUACAUGCAUCAACGUGGAUUUUUUCACCGCGACCUUAAGCCAGAGAAUCUGUUGGUUUCAAAGGAUACCAUUAAGAUUGCAGAUUUUGGCCUUGCACGUGAAAUCAAUUCCCAACCUCCAUACACUGAAUAUGUCUCAACACGCUGGUAUAGGGCUCCUGAAGUGUUGCUCCAAUCACCAAACUAUGGUGCUGCUGUUGAUAUGUGGGCAAUGGGUGCAAUCAUGGCUGAACUGUUUACUCUCCGCCCGCUGUUUCCUGGUUCUAGUGAAGCCGAUGAAAUUUAUAAAAUAUGCAGUGUCAUAGGGACUCCAACAGAAUCGAACUGGUCUGAAGGGCUUGAACUUGCUGCUGUUAUCAACUACCAGUUCCCUCAAGUAACCGGUGUUGAUCUUUCUGCCUUGAUACCUUCUGCUGGUGAAGAUGCAAUAGACCUUAUCCAAUCACUUUGUUCCUGGGAUCCGUGUAAGAGGCCAACUGCAGCUGAGGCGCUUCAACAUCCAUUUUUUCAGAGUUGCUUUUAUGUCCCACCAUCUUUACGCUCCAAAGCUGCUCUUUUUAAAACUCCUCCAUCAGCUGGAAUCAAAGCUCCGCUCGAGCCAAAGACUGGAAGGAGGUAUUCUGGUACACUACCAAAUGUGAAGUCGGGCACGCUUCCCGCCAUGAAGUCUACAAGCAACUUCUCCAUCAAAUCAAGUGCCCCUUCCUAUGCAGGCGUGCAAAGGAAGCUGGAGAUGAAUCUUCAGGAUGAGCAGAAAUAUUUGAAGAGCACUGUGAGGCAACAACCAAAAUAUCGGCCACCUGUGAAGAAUGUCGGAGUGUCUAACCAAAUGGGAAGGACGCGUGGAGUUUCUGAUGCAGCUGAGAAGUUGUCAAACAUGACUAUUGGACCUGGAAAAUCACUUCUGAAACCGCAGCCACCACAGGCUCGGCCCCCACCUAUGAAAGCUGGGGGAUGGCACGGGCAAUCUGAUUUGUUCCUUGGACGGGCUCAAGAGAUGCUCCCUGCGAGGAACAUCUCGAGGAAAGUAGCAGGAUGA